AUGCAAGAGGAAUUGCCAGACGAUGGCAAAAUCUUUGCCUGUGCAGAAGCGCCGUGUCUCGGAGCAAACAGCCAGGAAGCAUUUGAUCAUUCCUCAGACAGCAAAAAGAUAAACGUGCGAGUGGGACCAGUGGCAGACACCUUGGAGGCAUUACAUGCUGAGGACGAGUACUUUGAUAUAGUCUUUAUUGAUGCUGAUCAAAGGAAUGCUGUUCAGUACUACAGCUUUGUCAUGGAUAACCACUUGCUGAGCAUGGAUGCAGUGAUCUGUGUGGAGAAUACACUCAUGAAAGGACAAGUCUACCUGGAGAAUGUAUCAGAUGAAAAUGUACUAGCUGUCAGAAAAUUAAAUUCAGUGAUUAAUUCAGAUCCUCGUGUUGAGCAGGUGAUUUUGCCUGUGCAGAGUGGACUGAGCCUCAUUCGAAGGAGGCCUGUGCCCCCAGAUGCGGUGAUUGAAUCCAAGGUGGUGGUGAGGGACAACGUCUUCUGGGGCCGCCGCCGCCGGCGCGUGCUGGAGCGGCUGCGUCUGGACGGCAGGGUGGCCUACGUCACGGGAGCGGGGCAGGGAAUCGGCAGGGCCUUUGCCCACGCACUGGGGGAAGCUGGCGCUCAGGUGGCCGUGGUGGAUCUGGUCCUUGCCAAGGCAGAAGCGGUGGCGUGUGAGCUCAGCCUCAAAGGCAUUAAAAGCCUUGCCCUGGCAGCAGAUGUGAGCAAGCCUGAGGAUGUGCAAAGGAUGGUGGAUGCAAUCGUGGCUCGCUGGGGCACAGUCCACAUCGCAUGCAACAAUGCAGGAAUCAAUCUGAACUCUGCAAGUGAAGAGACUUCCCUGGAGGAAUGGGACAAAACUUUUAAUGUCAAUUUACGGGGAUUAUUUUUGUGCUGCCAAGCUGCAGGCCGCAUUAUGCUGAAUCAAGGAUAUGGGAAGAUAAUUAACACAGCAUCUAUGGCAAGUUUAAUAGUCCCUCACCCACAGAAGCAGUUGGCAUACAACGCCUCCAAAGCCGGGGUCGUAAAAUUAACACAGACAUUGGGAACCGAGUGGAUUGACAGAGGAGUAAAAGUCAACUGCAUUUCCCCGGGCAUCGUUGACACGCCGCUGAUCCGCUCGCGGGAGCUGCAGCCGCUGGUGCGGAGCUGGCUGGCCAACAUUCCCGCCGGGAGACUCGCCCAUCCCACGGACCUGCAGGCUGCCGUCGUCUACCUGGCCUCCGAAGCCUCGGACUACAUGACAGGCCAUAACCUGGUCAUCGAGGGUGGCCAGAGCCUGUGGUGA